UUCCAAGGUCGUAGAAAGUGGAGCAAUAUUCAAAUGCUUUUGUGCAUUUUCGCGCCAGCUCACGACGGUGUAAUUUGGAAAGACUUCAUUUUACAUAAAAAGUCACUCUAAUAACAGGGAAUAUCACCUAUACUCAAAUGCCUUCAGUGUGAUAUAAAAUGUGGCCUAUGACCACCUUACGUUUUCUGCUACUUAUCCUCAUCUUCGUUGUUUUGGUCUACCCAUCCACUGAGGACAAGCUCAUCAAUGGUACGUGUCCAUCAAGUAAGAAAACAGCAUGCGUUGAUGGUAUCCUGAUUCCAAAAUGGGAACCAUCCACCGGUCUCAGUGUUGGUGAUAAAUUGGCCAGGGCAACGAUAUAUUUUGCCUGUCUACUCUAUUUAUUCCUUGGAGUUUCUAUAAUAGCAGAUCGGUUUAUGGCAGCCAUCGAGGUGAUCACAUCGAAAGAAAAGGAAGUAACAGUGCGAAAGAAGAAUGGCGAAGUUCAAACUAUAUACGUACGCAUUUGGAAUACUACGGUUUCCAACCUCACACUAAUGGCUCUGGGUUCAUCAGCACCUGAAAUUUUAUUAUCUGUUAUUGAAAUCAUCGGUAAAAAUUUUGAGGCUGGAGAUCUCGGGCCUGGAACAAUUGUUGGAUCUGCUGCUUUUAAUUUGUUCGUCAUCAUUGGAAUAUGUGUGCUGGUUAUUCCUGAGGGAGAGGUUCGACGAAUAAAACACUUGAGCGUUUUCUUUAUAACAGCCUCGUGGAGCAUUUUCGCCUAUCUCUGGUUGUACCUCAUUAUAGCAGCUUUCAGCCCAGGGGUUGUCGAAAUUUGGGAGGCAUUGCUCACAUUCAUUUUCUUCCCCAUAAUAGUUAUCUGCGCGUACAUCGCUGACACAAAAAUAUUUUUCAAAAAGUUCCUAAAGAAGAAGUUCCGCGCAGCUGGAAGACUCAAAUCAAUAGACAUAGACGCAGAGUACCCAAACCAUACCGAGGAGGUGACGUAUGUCCCAGAGUCAGAUGAUAGCCAGGUUUCUGAAUUCGAACGUACCAGACUAAACUACGUCGAUGCAAUCAAGGAGAUAAGAAAGAAGAACCCAAAUAUAGACAUGAAACAAUUGGAAGAAAUGGCGCAACUUGACGUUUUAAGCAAGGGCCCAAAAUCAAGGGCUUUCUACAGGAUGCAAGCCACGCGCCAGUUAACCGGGAGUGGAAACGUUAUAAAGAAGGCGAAGGUUGAGCGUAGGAUGUCGUCUGACGAUCAACGUAUGGAAAGUGAAUCAUACGCUCCGCAUGUUCAGCGGAUUUUCUUUAACCCUGGGCACUACACUGUUAUGGAAAAUGUUGGCACCUUUCCCAUAACUGUCAGCAGGGUUGGAGGUGACUUGGAUGCCGUUGUUUCAGUGAACUACUCUACUGUAGACGGUACGGCAGUCGCGGAUGAAGAUUAUGUGCCAGUUUCUGGUGUGCUUGUAUUUAAAGCUGGCGAAACGCACAAGCAGUUCUCGAUCACCAUAAUCGACGAUGAUAUUUUUGAGGAAGACGAACACUUCACUGUGAUAUUAACUGAUCCAACUGUCGUUCAUUCCAACACCUUUGUGGAGCCCCUCCUUGUGGAGCCGACAAAAGCUACAAUUAUGGUAUUGGAUGACGACCAUUCAGGAGUAUUUCAUUUUGAGCAGCAAGCAACGUCAGUUCCUGAAUCAUGCGAGUAUGCUGAAUUGAAGGUGCUAAGAGAUUCAGGUUGUCGCGGGAUUGUACGAGUUCCGUACCAAACAAUUGAAGGUAGUGCAAAGGGCGGUGGAAAGGAUUACGAGGAUGCAAUUGGAUAUCUGGAAUUCCAAAAUGAUCAAACCGAGGCGACCAUCCGUGUACGUGUCGUGGACGAUAAUGACUACGAGAAAUCGGAGUUUUUCUUCGUUCAACUCGGCGAACCGCUGCUUGUUGACAAAGACGCUCAGCAAAGUCUACUGUCUCGUUUCACAAACCGAAGACCGACAAUACCAAGCACACCGGAAAAAGUGGCCAGCCCUGAUGCCGGCAAACAACUGGCCUUGCCGGAAACCCAGGAGACUGGACGUAGAACUUCACAAGGCCUGAUCGACACAGGGAAACCGCGUCUUGGUGAAUGGUCAAGGAUCAAAGUUACUAUUGUGGAAAGUAACGAAUUCAAGAAUACAGUAGACCGUCUUGUGAAGCAAGGGAAAUGGGCUUUGGUUGUCGGGACAUCAUCAUGGAAGGAACAGUUUGUGGAGGCAGUUACGGUGAGCGCAGGUGGUGAUGGAGAAGGUGCGGAUUUGGAAGAGGAAAAACUGCCCUCCUGCAUGGACUACGUUAUGCACUUCCUGACCGUUUUCUGGAAGGUUCUGUUCGCCUUCGUUCCACCUACCGAUUACGGCGGCGGUUGGUGGUGUUUCUCCGUGUGUAUCUUAGUCAUCGGGGUGCUGACCGCCAUCAUUGGAGACAUGGCCUCCGCAUUUGGUUGUUCCAUUGGUCUCACGGACGCUGUGACAGCCAUUACAUUCGUGGCUCUGGGCACCAGUCCACCAGAUACGUUCGCCAGCAAAGUUGCAGCUAUCGGUGACUCGGAUGCGGAUUCCUCAAUUGGUAAUGUGACAGGAAGCAAUGCGGUCAAUGUGUUCUUAGGCAUAGGAAUCGCCUGGUCGAUUGCAGCUAUCUAUCACGCCAUUCAAGGGACGCAGUUCUACGUGCAACCAGGAUCCUUGGGAUUCUCUGUAACAGUGUUCUGCAUCUUUGCCCUAGCUGCUAUCACAGUGAUUGUUCUGAGACGCCGGCCCUCCGUUGGUGGGGAACUUGGAGGUCCAAAAACCGUGAAAUAUCUCUCUGGCUUGUUUUUCAUCACUCUCUGGUUGUGCUACAUUAUCCUGGCUGGCUUGGAGAAUUACUGUCACAUUGAAGGAUUCUGAUUUCAUCUUGAGCUUCCUCUGCUUUCCGUUAUUUCCAUACUCGUCUCUAGAAGACGAGGUUGAUUCGGUCAGCUACUUUACUGGGACAUCCAUGCACACUACAAAGUAAAUGAAUCUCAAAAGUGAUGCAAUGUAACCUGUCCCUUAAAAAUGGAUAACCCCUAUCCGAAGCGCAGACAGAGAAAAAAGUGAUAUGUCACCACGCGACUCGUACAUACGCUCACUGCCUAUUCAUUUGUGUAAUUCAUGUCUCUCUCCCCAUAUAUUUUCUCCUCUCCGCAUCAACCCCAUGUCGCAGCCUUCUCAGAUGUGUACAACCAGUUCCUUGUAGAGUACUCAUUUUGGUUACUGACUGCUGCUUAUAUGCCAAUUGUGUUUAUUCUAUUUUGGAGACAAUUUGAAAACGUAUACUUCACUCUUCGUAUAAUUUACGCGACAUUUUGCAAAUUCACAGCUCCAAAAAUGCUCAACAUGUGCAACCAAACUACUUGGACCAAAGCGUCAGACGUAGUCAUCUCUAUGAAACCAAGCUGCCAGUUUCUAGAUUGCUAUUCCCAAUGUUUAGUGUUGCUACACACCUUUCCCGCCCAACACCUCAUCUGACUGCAAAUUUUCUCAUAUAAGUCUAUCCCGAACUAGAUCUUCUGUAUAUCCAUCAGACACCACUGACUUUAGCGUGUACACGCUUCACAAUUGUCUCCACUCUUCUGACACGCGCCAAUGGUGAGUUGCAACCAAAAAUCACGGGGUAGCGAGCAUCCAUUAUUAUUUUCGUUUUUAACACUAUAGAGAACAUUGUUUCACGUACAUACAUAUGCAAUAUAGAUUUCUCGAUUAUUCCUCCUCGUUUAUUUAGCCGUCGUUUCGAACUCAUGGAACAAAACCCAGAUAACAACUGCCAGUUUUUGCUCUCAAAACAACCUGCCUCCUAGACCCUUCUGAAUUUGGAGAGUUCCUUUUCUUGUCACUUCCCUAAUUCCUGUAUAUGGUCACCUGCUUCCCUUACAAAUAUCAAACAACUCACUGAAGACUGAUAGUAAGGAGGGGUUAAUCUUCUCUUAGAUGGUCACUUUAGGCGAGCCAGAAGCUGUUGAACAGCGGCCCACUGCCUUUUCUCGGUUUCAAUCGUCCAGUCCUUUUUCAACCCGUUCCUCGUUUUUCUACUCCGUUCCAGUGUCAGUUAUAGUGAAUUCGCGUCUUUUUUGUUCUCCCACCCUCUUGUUUACUUCCGACGCAGUUCAUAAAUACAUU